AUGGCGGCCCCCCACCACCACAGCCGGAGGGUGACUGCAGCACCGGGCCUGUCCUCGCCCGCCUCGCUCCAGCCGGACGAAGAAGGGCCGUUCCCCUCCCGCUCCGCUGACGCCGCGCCCUCCCGCAGGUACGUGCUGUGCGAGGUGGUCUCGGAGGACCCGCGGUGCCGGCAGUGCAUCGAGGACCGCGCGGUGGGCCUCGCCGUCAGGGACGCCAUCGGGAAGGUGCACGGGGACUACGGCCUGGCCUGCUGCUCCAUCUCCUUCACAGUGAAGUACCUGAACGCCUACACCGGGACCGUGCUGCUGCGGUGCCGCAAGGACUCGUACCGGCUGCUCUGCUCCGCGCUCCCCUUCGUGAGGCAGCUGGAGAGCCGGAACCUGCGGUACCCCUGCUUCCUCAACACCCUGCACGUCGGAGGUACCAUAAGAACAUGUCAGAAAUUUCUGAUUCAGUAUAAUAGAAGACAACUGCUGAUGUUGUUGCAAAACUGUACAAAUGAAGAGGAAAGACAGUGUAUACAGAAGUCCUUGUUGAGCUGUUCCCUUACAGAAGAGCAGUCUCAAAGCGGAGAUGAGGAAGAUGAUGAUGGCACAGAGACAGACUGAAUGUUACUUGUUACUGUUCAUCUCUGUCCUGUACUCGUGUAAUCAAGAUGAUACCAGUUAUCUUCAGUGUUAAGCAAGGGACAGAAAAAGCAUCUGUACAUAUUUUGACUUCAUUCCCCCAUUCCGAGUGUUCUUAAAUAAAUUUUUUAAAAAAAUAAUACAGUUUGACUUAAGUAGGUUACUUGCCUGUUUCACAGCCACCUGCACUCCUAAGGAGCAGCUCAAUGUGAUCUUCAUGCUGAGGUAGAAGUGAGCUUUAGGCAGUUGGCAUGGCCAAGGAAUGUAGUUAUUCUCCUUUAGUACAGAAAAAGCAUUAACAUCUUACUGUUUUUUUUUACCAUGUCUUCAAAUGUACCUGUUAUCCAUAGGGCUAUCCACUGUUUUGAGUCACAAUAGCACCAGUUGUGUACACAGGAGCAGAGAUGACAGGGAAUACAAGGUAGAGCUGUAAGACUCCACUCCAUCUAACCCAUUAUAAAACUCAUAGGUACAAGUACUGCUUAGAUAUUUAUUAAGUUUACACCAAUCAGUUACAGGAAGGUAGCAUUGCUGGUGGUAUCUCUUGAAUCCAUAGGAAAACAAGAUACAACUUGAAGAUGCUGUCCUGUGGAGACUGCCCCUGCAGAAGGGACGGUCUGCCUUCCCCGCAUCACUUCCCUUGCUCUAGUGCCUGUGAGAGGUGGAGGUGAGUUACACCAGCUCCAGCUAUUCUGUCUCUCUUCCCAAUGCAAAGAAAAGUUGAAUAUAAAUGUGUAGAGAUAAUAGAACACAACAGAUACUGGUUAGACACUUAAUAGUUACUCCUGUUCCAUGGCUUUAAAUGACUAUUACAAAUAGGAAAUUAUAGUACCGUGAAGGCAGUUACCUGCGUACUUGAAUCUUACUUGGCUGCUUUCUCUGCCCUCACCAAUAUUUUUCCAAUGUGCACGUAAAGCAUUAACAGCAAGAUGUGCUACCACUUUCAGGCAUCCUGCCUUAGUUUCUUUGCACUCUCUUGACAAGCUGUACUGUCUUUCAAUCAAGUGUAGUCAGUUGUGACCAAGUGUGAAGUCAAGCUGCUUUCAAAGAAUGUUGUGCAGGUGUUUCCUCUAUCCUCCUGUAGCAGUUGAAGUAUUUUUUACCUCCCCACUCUCCCUCUCCUUUCUGAUUUACAGCCACACAGAGCUUUGUGCAGUAUAUUCUUUGGAACUAGCUUCCCAUGCACACAUGCUUAAGUGCCUUGAGGAAGCACUGGUAUCAUGUGCAGCCUAUCACUUUGAAAUCCAAGUGUCAGUGUACUGACAAACUUUUUAAACAGGGAUACGACCAAUGGCUUUACCAGUAGUAUAAAAAUCUCCACGCACACACUUCCUUGCUCAGAUCAGUCACUGUGUAAAAGGGAGAGAGCACAUCACCUUUUAUAAAGCCUGUGCCAAUGCAGGCCAACCACGGUGCAAAUGAGGC